AUCACUACUAUCCGUUCUUUUCAUAGGAUCAUUUGUUGGUUUCAUAGGAUCAAUUUUUUGGAAGUUAAUAGAGGAAGGAAGAAAAUAAAAUAAACUUUGAAUCAUACGACUACAAAAGUUCUCACAAGAUGGUUCUACAAACCCAUAUGAAAAUCAAACGAAAUAAAAAAUUGUCGGUAGUUGUUCCAGUUAAAGUGUGUCCCAGCAGUGGCCGAAAGUAAGCUUCAAUACGUACUGAGAGAAACAACGCAGAACCAACAGAAAUUCCCAAGCAAAGAAUUCCCAUUACAACCACAAUGGACUAGCGACCGCAUAGAUUAAAAGCGAACCGCAGGGAAACCCAUAUUUACCUUCUUUACCCUGCAGCAACUCAUUCCACAUUUUACUCAAAUAUUCCCUUCGGAAAAUUCAAACAUUAUUUCUAAGCAUGGUUUGAAGCCCGUUUUAGUCGGCUUGUUUACAAACUGAGAUCGAAAAAUUUCUUUAGAUUCAAGUUAUCCACAUUUAAUCGCCAUGUUUAUGAAUGGAAUCGUAAAGUAUUUUGGAAAACGUGUAUUUUCCUAUACCAAUUACCAUAGGAUUGUAAGGCAGAAAAAAACAAUGCCAACACUUUCACAAUUAAUGGUCCCACUGCCUGUAAAAUCUGGGCCAGACGAUUUAAAUGUCGGUGCCGAAUUAACAGGGAAACUUGACAAGGAAGAAGUAGUGAAAUGGUUAGCAAAAUUCUAUCAACGAAGAGAAAUUAAAGCAGCAGCCACAGAGAAUGGAAUUGAUAAUUAUAUUUACCAUCAGACAUACCUCAGCUUCAGGAAGUUCUGUCUUGAAAUAGACAAGUUACCAGUUGAUUUACAUGUCACAUUUAGUGACAUUAUAGCAGGAGCUUGUCAUCUAGACAGCUUGCUACCAUACUUUGUUCGACAUGCAAAGCAAGUGUUUCCUCAUCUAGAAUGUCUCGAUGAUUUAAAGAAAAUCUCUGAUCUUCGACUUCCGGCAAAUUGGUACCCAGAAGCCAGAGCUUUAACACGAAAAAUUAUAUUUCAUUCUGGUCCAACAAACAGUGGAAAAACCUUCCAUGCCCUUGAACGAUUUUUCAACUCAAAAUCAGGAGUGUAUUGUGGACCUCUGAAACUUCUAGCAUCUGAAGUGUAUUACAAAAGUAAUCAGCGUGGGGUUCCAUGUGAUCUAGUAACUGGAGAAGAAAGGAAUUUUGCUAGUGUUAACAAAACUCCUUCUUCACAUGUAUCAUGUACUGUAGAAAUGGUCUCUGUGAACACUCCAUAUGAAGUAGCUGUUAUUGAUGAAAUUCAAAUGCUGAAAGACCCUAGUCGAGGUUGGGCAUGGACCAGAGCGUUGUUAGGCGUUGCUGCAGAGGAGGUACAUGUUUGCGGUGAAGCCGCGGCGAUUGAUGUUGUUAAAGAGAUUAUCAUGAGUGCCAGUGAAGAAGUUGAACUACGUCGGUACAAACGUCUUACUGAACUAAUGAUAGAAGAGUCUUCACUUGGAACUCUUGAGAAAAUCAGACCAGGAGACUGUUUGGUAUGUUUCAACAAACAAGACAUAUUCUGGUCCACAAGACAAAUUGAAGCAAUGGGGAUUGAAUGUGCAGUUAUAUAUGGUUCUCUACCACCUGGAACCAAAUUAGCACAAGCCAAGAAAUUCAAUGAUCCGGAUCACCCCUGCAAAGUUCUAGUAGCUACUGAUGCCAUCGGCAUGGGACUGAAUUUGAAUAUUGGCCGCGUCAUAUUCAAUUCCCUGAUCAAACCUACAGUUAAUGAAAAAGGAGAGAAGGAAAUGGAUACAAUCACCACCUCCCAAGCUUUACAAAUUGCGGGGAGAGCUGGUCGUUAUGGAACUCAGUUUUCUACCGGUUAUGUUACAACAAUGAAGAACGAAGACUUACCCACUCUCAAGCGAUUGUUAUCUCAACAUCCAGAGCCUAUCACUCAAGUUGGGUUGCAUCCAACGGCUGAGCAAAUUGAACUCUAUGCCUAUCAUUUGCCACAUGCUAACUUAUCCAAUUUGAUAGAUAUAUUUGUGAAUCUGUCAACGGUUGACGAUUCCCUUUAUUUCAUUUGCAAUAUUGAUGAUUUCAAAUUCUUAGCUGACAUGAUUCAACAUGUGCCUCUUCCUUUACGAGCGCGUUACGUGUUUUGUUGUGCUCCAAUCAAUCGAAAAAUACCAUUCGUUUGCUCCAUGUUUUUGAAGUUUGCGCGUCAGUAUAGCAGAAACGAAGUCCUUUCAUUCGAUUGGUUGGGUCGACAGAUCGGCUUGCCGUUUGCUUGUCCGAACACGCUGUUAGAUUUAGUUCACUUAGAAUCCGUCUUCGAUGUACUCGAUCUUUAUCUCUGGUUGAGUUAUCGUUUCCAGGACUUGUUCCCGGACGCCAGUUUGGUUCGUGAUAUGCAAAAGGAACUUGACUGUUUAAUUCAAGCAGGUGUGGCUCAACUUACUCGGCUCUUGAUCAAUUCUGAAACUAAAGUCAGUAGUGGUACUAGCCAAGCAGUCGAGGCAGAAGAAAACCGACCUGUCCUUUUUACAAAGAAAACCCUGUAUUCACGUAAGAAAAUGAUGACCCCAUUAUCUUUUAUUAUACAACCAUGUUGUAAUUUUUUACUGAAACAUGUAGAUGACCGCAAUGCAAUUGCCAGCGGUAACCCGUUGUCAUCCCAUGGACGAAUAGCCGAUCGUCUGCUUUCCGAAGGUCUUUUAACACCUAAAAUGUUGGAGGAAUUGAAGAAAGAAUGGCAGUUCCAGAAAGAUUGUGAAAAAGAAUCGUUUGAGGCAUCAAAUGGUAUUGUAGAUAAAUCGAAUCCAGCUAAGCAUAGCAAGAACGACCCGUUGAAUACUAGAAGGUUCAAUAGAAAACGUCGAACGUAGUGUUGUUUGUCGGUCAUUUUAGGAAUAAACGGUCAAAUUGUGA